CUUUUCCCAGCGCGGCCAGAGGGAGGAGUGGAGCGGAUCGCCGAGCCUGAGAGUGCAGCGGCGGCGGAGGAGGCGGCGGCAGGCGGAGCGGCAGCGGCUCAGGCUCCCGGCCAACCCAGCGCGCAUCCCCAGUGCCCGGCGCUGCAGAGAGCUCGGAGGAACGCGGGAGCAGCGACACAGGAGUGGACAAAGCAAGAUGGCAGGGAUCUUAGCCUGGUUCUGGAAUGAGCGGUUUUGGCUUCCGCACAAUGUCACCUGGGCAGACCUGAAGAACACGGAGGAAGCCACCUUCCCGCAGGCGGAGGACCUCUACCUCGCCUUCCCCUUGGCCUUCUGCAUCUUCAUGGUGCGGCUCAUCUUCGAGAGAUUCAUAGCCAAACCAUGUGCCGUAGCCCUCAACAUCCAAGCCAACGGACCACAAAUUGCCCAGCCAAAUGCCAUUCUGGAAAAGGUCUUCACCGCCAUAACAAAGCAUCCUGAUGAGAAGAGAUUGGAAGGGCUCUCCAAGCAGCUGGACUGGGAUGUUCGGAGCAUUCAACGCUGGUUUCGACAAAGGCGUAACCAGGAGAAACCCAGCACUCUGACCAGGUUCUGCGAGAGCAUGUGGAGAUUUUCCUUUUACCUCUAUGUAUUUAGCUACGGAGUCCGGUUCUUGAAACAGACCCCUUGGUUGUGGAAUACAAGGCACUGCUGGUAUAACUACCCUUACCAGCCACUCACUGCUGACCUUCACUACUAUUACAUCCUGGAGCUGUCGUUUUAUUGGUCUUUAAUGGUUUCCCAGUUCACAGAUAUCAAAAGGAAGGACUUCGGCAUUAUGUUCCUGCACCACCUUGCAACCAUUUUCUUAAUAACUUUUUCAUAUGUCAACAACAUGGCCCGAGUAGGAACCCUGGUCCUCUGUCUUCACGACUCAGCUGAUGCUCUGCUAGAGGCUGCCAAAAUGGCAAAUUAUGCCAAAUUUCAGAAACUGUGUGAUCUCCUGUUUGUCAUGUUUGCUGUGGUUUUUAUCACCACACGGCUGGGCAUAUUUCCUCUCUGGGUGUUGAAUACCACAUUAUUUGAAAGUUGGGAGAUCGUCGGACCGUACCCUUCCUGGUGGGUUUUUAACCUGCUGCUGUUGUUACUACAAGGGUUGAACUGCUUCUGGUCUUACCUGAUUGUAAAAAUAGCUUGCAAAACUGUUUCAAAAGGCAAGGCCGGGAAGUGGAACCCUGUACAUGUGUCCAAGGACGACCGGAGCGACAUUGAAUCUAGCUCAGAUGAUGAGGACUCGGAGCCUCCAGGGAAGAAACCACACUCUUCGACAACCACCAACGGAACCAGCGGUACCAACGGGUACCUCCUCACUGGCCCUUGCUCCAUGGAUGAUUAAUUACCCAAAACUAUAAGUUCUGAACAAAGGGAACUGUUUGUUCCUGGAAGUAUUUAAUAAGUCGCAAAUGCAGUUCCUUUCAUGAUAUCUCAUCACCAGAGACAAAAGUUAGGAUUCUCAGAGCAUUCUGAAUAGUGUACUGCCAUGUGUCCUGUCUGUGAAUGAAGAAAUCCCAUUCUUUCUGUGUAGGCAUGCUGUACGUAACUGACACAAGGGAACGGUAUUUGCAUUUGUCUUAGGAUAUUAUUUAUUUUUUUAUUUGUUUGUAAAUCUGUGGACAGAGGAGGAUCCCCUCGCUCCUUUUAUUCUCUGGGCUCAU